AUGUAGCUCCUUCUGAUAGAAACCAGAGCAGUGAAAUGGAAGGGAAGGUAGUAAAGUCCAGGUUCAAAAGAGUUUGUGUGUUUUGUGGGAGCAGCACAGGAAAGAGAGACUGCUAUAGAGAUGCAACCAUUGAUUUAGCUCAGGAGCUGGUUUCAAGAAGGUUGGGGCUUGUUUAUGGAGGUGGAAGCAUUGGGCUAAUGGGACUGGUUUCACAAGCUGUUCAUCGUGGUGGUGGCAGAGUCAUGGGGAUCAUUCCCAGGACAUUAAUGAACAAAGAGAUAACAGGGGAAACAGUGGGGGAGGUAAGACCAGUAGACAACAUGCACCAAAGGAAGGCAGAAAUGGCACGCCAUUCAGAUUGCUUUAUAGCCCUACCAGGUGGGUAUGGAACUAUGGAAGAACUGCUAGAAGUCAUCACUUGGGCUCAACUAGGCAUCCACGACAAACCAGUUGGCUUGCUGAACGUGGACGGCUACUACAACUACCUCCUCACUUUCAUCGACCAAGCAGUGGACGAUGGAUUCAUAAAACCAUCACAACGAAACAUCAUAGUCUCAGCACCCAAUGCCAAGGACCUGGUUCAGAAACUAGAGGAGUACGUGCCUAUACAUGACGAAGUGAUGGGCAACGCGAGAUGGUGAAUUGAGCAGCAAAAACAAGUGGGGUUCGAACCCAAAACUUUCCACGCUCGGAUCACCAUGUAAAGGGGAGCAUGAAAA